CCGUCCUGGUGACUGCCAUGGGCUCAUUCCCUGGGUCUCCUCGUUCAUUUCUGCUGCUCCUUCUCCUGCAAAUGCUCGGUGCCAAAGGCCAAGAUUUGGAAGUUCUCCAGCCCCCAGGACCCUUGUGUGUGUCAGCGGGAGAGAACCUCAUUCUGACAUGUACAGUAAGCGGAAAUGGUCCACCAGGAGGCGUGAUAUGGCACAAGGGCUUGGGCAGAAACCAACCCACCAUUUUCAGUGGAAGAGGACAAUCUCCCCCCCGUGUGACCAGGGUUGUUCCUGGAUCACAAACAGACUUCACCAUCCUCAUCAGGAACAUCCGACCUGAGGAUGCUGGAACCUAUUACUGUGUGAAGUACAGGGCAGGAGCCCGAGACAUAGAAUAUAAAUCAGGAGGGGGCACUGAGGUUUCUGUGAUUGAUCAUUUUCUGCUGUCCUCCUUCGGUCUUUUUAUCGGACUUAUUCUGGCCAACAAGCUUAUUGUUCUCGCCCCUUUCCUCAUAUACCUCUUCCUCAAAAAAUAACGUGGCAAGACAAACCUGAGAAACAGCUGUGAGCACCUAGGGACAGGAGCUGGAGGAGACCUUCCUAGAACUUGUCUACAUCUCAAGGUGCUGGCACGGGUGAACAAAGACCUAUGCGGUUGGGGGGCCAGGAUAUAUUGGAGAUCGUCUCACCCCUUACCAUCUCAUGAGAUCCAUUCUGCACAAUGUGGGAAUGGCGCCAGCUACCUUUGAAACUUCCUUCCAUCAUGUAUCAGAAAGGCACCCUCCAUAGUGCCCAGGGGCGUACCCAGAAUCAAAACUGGGGGGGGGGGCAAGCCAUGGUCGUUCAGGUUGUGACAUUUCAGCACGGAAAAGGCGAAUGAAACCAAAAUUUUAAGAAAAUUAUAUAUAAUUAUAGGAGAGGCAACUCUGGCUUACUUUCCUUUUUGGAAAAGAGGUUCAGAGAUAAAAUAAACCAGCGAUCGGAAAUAAAGCAACUGGGGAGAAUUGGACGUGUACAAGUCGGUGCGCACGCACGCGCACGGGCAGCCCAGAAGGAGCGAGGUCUCACCAUUGCAGGGAGAGCAGCCCGGACGCCCCCACCAUGGUCCCCGCUGCCCCGCUGCUCACGUGGUCGGCUGCAUCUGCUCUGCAGUGGUUCUUCACGCCGUCAUCUCCUCCGGAUAGAGGCGAAGCGGGUGUCUCGCAUGGCGGG